GGGUCCAACUGAGCCCCGGAAGAUGCGAGGCUUGAGGACCUCAAAUCAUCUGAGGUCCCCGCCUCUGUGGGAUGCGAAUCGUUACAGGAUUACUUCUGCAGGUUACAGAAGUCAAAGGGGAGAUCUGGUUAAAUCCGUCUCAGGCGAAGCCACUAAGUACCUCACUGAAGCUCUGAAGUCUGUCACUGAGUUAGAGCUUGAAGAGACCCUAGAAAAGAUCAUCGAUGCAGUUGAGAAGCAACCCUUGUCAUCCAAUAUGAUCGAACGAUCUGUAGUGGAAGCCGCUGUCCAGGAGUGCAGUCAGUCGGUUGAUGAGACUAUAGAGCAUAUUUUCAAUAUCAUUGGAGCUUUUGAUAUUCCACAUUUUGUGUACAAUUCAGAAAGAAAAAAAUUUCUUCCUCUGUCAAUGACUGAUCAGGCUGCACCAACCUUAUUUGGAACAGCAAGAGAUAAAGCUGAACUGUAUCGUGAACGAUAUACUAUUUUACACCAGAGGACACACAGACAUGAGCUGUUUACUCCUCCGGUGAUAGGCUCGCACCCCGAGGAAAGCGGAAGCAAAUUCCAGCUUAAAACAAUAGAAACUUUAUUGGGCAGUACAACCAAAGUUGGCGAUGUGAUUGUCCUUGGAAUGAUAACCCAGUUGAAAGAGGGGAAGUUUUUCCUGGAAGAUCCUACUGGAACAGUACAGCUGGAUCUUAGUAAAGCUCAGUUCCACAGUGGCUUAUACACCGAGGCGUGCUUUGUCCUGGCCGAAGGUUGGUUUGAAGAUCAAGUGUUUCAUGUCAAUGCCUUUGGGUUUCCACCCACUGAGCCCUCUAGUACCACAAGGGCGUACUAUGGAAAUAUUAAUUUUUUUGGAGGGCCUUCUAAUGCAUCCGUGAAGACUUCUGCAAAACUGAGACAGCUGGAAGAUGAGCACAAGGAUGCUAUGUUUGUGUUUGUGUCUGAUGUGUGGCUGGACCAAGUACAAGUGCUGGAGAAGCUUCACGUAAUGUUCUCUGGUUACUCACCAGCACCUCCAACCUGCUUCAUUCUGUGUGGUAAUUUUUCAUCUGCACCAUAUGGGAAAAAUCAAGUCCAGGCUUUAAAAGACUCCCUAAAGUCUUUGGCAGACAUAAUAUGUGAAUACCCAAGUAUCCACCAAAGUAGCCGUUUUGUAUUUGUACCUGGUCCAGAGGACCCUGGAUUUGGUUCUAUCUUACCAAGGCCACCGCUUGCUGAGAGCAUCACGCAGGAAUUCAGACAGAGGGUACCGUUCUCAGUGUUCACCACUAAUCCUUGCAGAAUUCAGUACUGUACACAAGAAAUUAUUAUCUUUCGUGAAGACUUAGUGAAUAAAAUGUGUAGAAACUGUGUCCGUUUUCCUAGUAGCAAUUUGGAUAUUCCUACUCAUUUUGUGAAGACUGUCUUAUCUCAGGGGCAUCUGACUCCUCUGCCUCUCUACGUGUGUCCCGUCCACUGGACAUAUGAUUACACUUUGAGAGUGUACCCCGUGCCCGAUCUGCUGGUCAUUGCAGACAAGUACGAUCCCUUCACCGUGACCAACACUGACUGCCUCUGCAUAAACCCUGGCUCUUUUCCAAGAAGUGGAUUUGCAUUCAAAGUUUUUUACCCUUCCAGUAAGACAGUGGAAGACAGCAAACUUCAGGGCUUUUGAGACUCAGGAGAAUAAAUGAAAUGAAACUUCUUAUUUUUAUCUUGUGUAAUAUGUAUAUUAAAUUGUAAUAAAGUUAUGGUAAACCUUA